UAACAAAUUAAUUUUGUGUCCCAUAGAGAUUUGAAGAAAAAUUAAGUUGACAAGGAUCAUAACACAUAUUCAUAUACACUUAUCAUUUCCCUGAGGCAGGAUAUGAAUUGAAUGCUCAAUAAGCUUUCCUAAAAGUUAUUAAAAGUGGAGCAAUGCGUAGGUUGUAUUGUAAACUCAUUUAGGGUAUAAGUAAAUCAUCACAUUUCAAGGAUUUUAUUAAACAGUUCUGUAUUGUACUGUACUUUGUCCAUACAUUGACAAAAAAUUACAAGGGCCUGGUUUAAUGACUUUUGCACUGUUUUAUAGAUAAGACUAUUUAGUACAUGUAUAUGUAUGUAUUGUUGUAAAGGCUUUGACAAAGGUGACCAAGAAUAACUCACACCAUGCAUAACCUUACACUGGCUACUCCUGGAAUUCUCUAUAAUAGAUGGCAGAUCUGUAUAAGGUCAAUUGACCUUUAAUUAUCAUACAGUACAUCUGAACUAGAUAUAUAGUAUAAAAAUAGUAAGUAUUUGGUAACUUUUCAAUGACUGAGUUUGUUUAUUUAACUAAGGUGUCGUUCACCUCAUGAGGUUGAGGUACUCUUAUGGCAAAAUGUGUUUUAAAAGUUUUUGUGUGGCGCCUACAAUGGGGUAUCAGUAUUGGGUGUUUACUUUUAAAAUGAAUAUUGAUCUGGUACAAUCGGGAGUGAAAUUCAAUUUCUACAUUAUCCGUUGUACAUUAGGGGAUUAUCACCUAGCCAUACCCACACAUAUAUGUUUUGGGGGGAAGACACUGUAAAUCCUGGGUGAUAGACGGUUAGAUAGGCCUUCAGUCGAGUUCCAGUUUGUUUUAAACCGCUGGUUGAUUAUACUGAAUUUUAAUAACAUCAGCCGUAGAAUUGGAUACUUGGAUGACUCUUACAAGUGUUCACCUGUGUGACACAGGAUUGAUUUGAAUACCAUUUGGUCCCAAGCACACAAAAGUGGUUUUCAAUGGGUGUGGCAGGGCCUAUGUUCACGAACAGAAUGUAAGAAGUUGCAGUUUUUAGAUGCAGCCAACAAGGGUGUAAGUGUUUUGAUGAUAUCUAAAUCAUUUCAGCUUAAAGGAGGCAUCAAGACCAUCUCAAAACCUGAAUAACCAACUCUGCACCAUUGUGUAACCAUCCACUUCAUACCACUUCUGAAAAAAAACCACCAAUCAACCAAACAGGGCUUUGUGGUCAUCAGACACCAAAACUUUUGGCUAACGAUGCCUCAUUCCGAUCCUUGAAGACACUGAUGCACAGACAUAAACUGUCACCAUGAAAUCAGAGGUGCUAUUGAAUUCAGCUGCCAGAAAGCAGAACAAGAAACGACAGCAGAUUUUAAUGCAUGAAGAGAAUGGAAACGAAAGCCAAGAUAAGUCAAGGAGUCCAUCUGAUUCUUGUAGUGUCCUGAAUAUGAGCAAAUGUAUCAAGCUUACAGGAAAUUUACUUACAGAUUCCAAAUCCACUAAUGGACAGAUGACAAAUGGCCUUAUUUUUGAAGGAUCUCCAGAGAGUCGGCCUUUGCCUUGUGAUCCCCCUCUUUCCUUUGGAUUGCUGACCAACUUUCAAGCUGAUCAUCUGUUAAUGAGCAAACACAAUUCUUCAUUCGAACCCAAUCAUCGAGCACCUUCACCUGAAUCAAGUUAUAAUGAUAUUGUCCACAAUCUCUCGGUGACACCUCCAAGUUUUAGGAUUUCAAACAGUGUCAGUCAUCCCGACCUUCAUUUUAAUGGCCUUGACCCUCAGGGAAUUCCUGUUUCCUUGGUGACCACAUCUUCAAUGAUUACAGCACCUUCAUUGUCAGAUGAGUCACAGAAUAAUUCACAGUCCAGCAGUGGAUCACCUACAAGUGGAUUUCCCUACCUGCGACUGUACUCCAACGAGAAGGAAGAUUCCUCGCCCAGAAUGCAGUUCCACCAGUGUCGCUGGAUUCAUUGUGACAGCAAGUUUCUGAGCAUGGAUGACCUAGUCAAUCAUGUCAAUGACCAGCAUGUCAAGGUCGAGAGACCAGACGUGGAUUACCAGUGUAAAUGGGAUGGUUGCCCGAGACGAGGGAAAGGAUUCAAUGCCAGGUACAAAAUGCUUAUCCACAUACGGACCCAUACCAACGAAAAGCCCCAUCGCUGCGCUUUAUGUGGAAAAUGUUUCUCCCGCCUAGAGAAUCUUAAGAUUCACAACAGAUCCCAUACUGGAGAGAAGCCCUAUAUAUGUCCAUUUGAAGGCUGCAAGAAAGCUUACUCAAAUUCAAGUGAUCGAUUCAAGCAUGUGAGAACUCAUCAGGAGGAGAAACCAUACAUCUGUAAAAUGCCAGGAUGUAAUAAACGCUAUACAGACCCAAGUUCUCUACGCAAACACGUCCGCACACACGGACACUACUUCAAUGGUGAAAAUGAAAGUAAAUCUUCAAAAUCAAAAUCUCCAGAUCAGCUUAGGUCUUCUCCCAACAAUAAGUCUCCACCCAUUCCCCCCAAUUCCUCACCCUCAUGUAUCAGUCAAAAGUUAUUCAGCAUUUCCACUAGCUGCAUUCUGCCCCAAAGUGUACCUGCCCACUACAUGUCGCCCCAUGGGAUUUUUCCGUCCAAUCCAAUGUUGUCAUCUGCUGUGCUCCCAGGAGGUCUCCAGGCGAUGUCUGUUCCGGCAGCAGACGGCAUGGUAACAGUUUCUCCGAGCUCUCCAUUGGACUUUGAGAGUGAUAAAUUGUCCCUAGAGUCCAAGUGCCAGGAUGGACCUCUGGACCUGACCACCAGCAGUCCUUCCACGGGGUCAGAUGUCGGCGACAGGGAGGGCCCCAAUUUUCAUCAAAAUGGAAACUCCACUAUUCACGGUACACUGUUUGGGGAUGAGUGAUCUUGUCUAAGUGGUUGUGCAUUUUUUGUCUCUCUAUGAGUAUUUAUUAUUAUAUUUUACUGGGAACUUCUGCCUUGCAUUUGUAUUUAAUUUUUAUUUUCUUUACGACAUAAAGGCAAUGAUUUCCCUUUGACUUGUUAUUUUUUUCCGUCCAAUUUUUUUUUUUUUUUAAAUUAGAAUCUUGCGUGCAUGAUUUAUAAGAAGGAAGAUGUAUUUUAACAUGUGUAUAUUGGAAAUACAACUAUGGCAUUCUUGUCAUAAGCAAUGAAGAAAUUUUGUACCUAACAGUAUUAAUGCAAUAAUCUUGUUACAUUGUUUAUCAAGGUAGCUAGUUUGAAUAUGUACUUCAUUUCCAUAGCUUUCAGCCGAAUUGGCUUUCCUUUGUUUUUAUAAUUGUUCAGCUGGCUGGAACUGUACCAUGUUUUGUUCUGUUCAUUGUUCAUAAUCUGAAUCAUGUUUUCCAUGUUGUGUUACUGUAUGUACGGUGUACAAUUUAUUUGUGCAUUGUAAUUUAAUUUCUGUUCAUGUACUUGAAUCAAAUAUGGUUUUAAUAUCUCCUCCAUUGAAAAUGGAGAUUUUCCAGUUAAAGAAAAUAAGUUUGUUCAAUUAGAUAUCUUGGCAUAUUGUGGACUUUCCCUUUAUGAAACAGAAUUAACUGAGUGAUCUCCUUUGUAUAGAUAUAUAGAUGUACGGACGUUGACAAUACAUAAUAUGUGUACUGGUAUAAACUGUAACGGUAAUUACCUGUUAAUCAUGAUAUAUCAAGAAUUCAAAUGUACAACUAAGAUAUGUACCGGUAAGUGCUUUUUAUAACUGUUACAUGGUUUAUUUUUUACUUAUAUUACCGAUAUAUUAUAGCUAAAUUGAAUAAGGAUCAUUCAUUGGCAAUAACACAAACAAACAGAAUUGAUGUGUAUUGGAAGAAAGCUACUACUGUUGUCUUGCUAUAUAAGCCUUUUAAGGUGGAAUCUUUACACCUCUGAAUUUUUUAUUUCUUUCCUUUAUUAAGGUAAUAAUUUUUAUAUUCAUUUUUUUUUCUGGAAUCUUGAGUUUCCUAAGUGCUUUAAAUGGUGUAUUUGUCACAUGCUAGCAUAUAUUUGGUAAAGAGAGUAUACUGGAAAGACUGGUUGUUGUUAAACAUUAGAACAAAAAUAGAUGUUAAUUAUCUGUGAUACAAAACAAAUGUAUAGGUAAAUAUAUCGUUGUGUUACUUAUACACUAAUAAUAAUGGUGGUUUGAUCACAUGGGCCCAGGAAACUGUGUCAGUAGAAUGGUCAAUGGCAAGGUAAAGUUACAGUGCCAAACAAUUUGUUUUGCAUUCCAUUCAUUUUUAAUGAAGCAUUGUUUUCCCUCUGAUGAAUUCGUACAUGUAAUUUUCUAACAUUCAUGUUUGUAGUUCUUGCCUAUCUCUAUUUGAUAAAGGGUUUAAACGUUCUUCUCAGCUGUAGAGGUGCUACUUGAUAAGCAUUUAGUGAAAUAAAUGAACUCAUUUAUAUUUGUUGUGAUAUGUUUUUUUAAAUAAAUGAAUUAUAUCUGUUAUAA